AUGUUCGAUGCCUUUAACAAGGAGUUAUAUAAAGAGUAUGUUGACAUCGUAUCUCGUUUAGGAGUCGCAAUUCCACCCGCCCUUGAAAGUGCUUAUAAGACUUAUAUUAAUAAGCAAAUGAAAGAUUUGCCCUAUGUAGAUAAGGCCGUACAAAAGAUGUACACUCUAGUCUUCUUUCUAAAGUACGUUAAACAGAUGGAAGGAACCGUUAAGUUCAAAGAUGUCUACUCAAAACUUGAAGUACAAAAGAAACUUAUCAGUCGAGCCAUGGAUAAUGUCGAUGUAUCUUUUAAAGUUGAAGGUGAACAUCCAAUUGCUCUAGAAGAUUGGAGUUCACUCUACAGUAUAACCAUGGGAAUUGGUGCUGGAAUCAAAGAUAUUGAUUUCAGUCAAGUCCCAAAAAUAUCAAAACAAAAGAAUCUUAAAGGUUAG